GGAGGGAAGGCGGAGGAAGAAGGCAGGUGUCCGCUGGAUAUAUGUAUUUAUUUUGAACGCUGAAACUGGAAGACAAUUCCCCACCACUAACACGAACCGUUGGUCUCAAACGCCUUCUCUUCUUUCUCUCUCUCUAAAAAACUACAAGAUCAAAUUCGAAACGCCGGAGAACAGACAAUCGUAUACCAAACCCUACGAUCCGCGGCAGAAUAGGAGGGAUCUGCAUUCCAGCUUCUUCCAUUACGUAUCAGCUCAUCGCCGGAGAAUUUUUUAGAGUUGUUUUUGCUUUGCUUCUCUUUCAUAAGUCCACCGACGGUCAAGACAUCUUUCAUGUACCUAGGCUUCCAUUGAUAGAGGAGGAAUUUCGUUGGAACAAGUCUCUGGUUGGUGCAUUGACGGGUUUUCUGAUAAGAAGUUCGUCAUGGUUGCAACUGCAGCUACAUCCGCCUUUUUUCCUGUUACUUCUCCAUCCUUGGACUCUGGAGCAAAGACACCUAAGCUCGGUAGUGGGUCUGUCAAUCCUGGAGGAAGCAGGCCAAAAUCUUCUUCUCGUGGGUUGCAAGUUAAGGCGAAUGCCCAAGCUCCUCCAAAAAUAAAUGGUACUUCCGUUGGAUUGGAGGGUGUCAAGCUUGAUGAUGAUCUGACAUCACCUCCCCCGAGGACUUUCAUUAACCUGUUACCUGACUGGAGUAUGCUUCUUGCUGCUAUCACUACCAUAUUCCUGGCUGCUGAGAAGCAGUGGAUGAUGCUUGACUGGAAGCCUAGGCGGGCUGACAUGCUUAUCGAUCCAUUUGGUUUGGGAAGAAUUGUUCAGGAUGGUCUUGUGUUUCGGCAGAAUUUUUCAAUUAGGUCAUAUGAAAUUGGUGCAGAUCGAACUGCAUCUAUAGAAACAUUAAUGAACCAUUUACAGGAAACUGCACUUAAUCAUGUAAAAACCGCCGGACUACUAGGUGAUGGAUUUGGUUCGACACCAGAAAUGUGCAAAAAGAAUUUGAUAUGGGUAGUUGCAAAGAUGCAGGUUGUGGUCGAUAGAUACCCUACUUGGGGUGAUGUCGUUCAAGUAGACACGUGGGUCUGUGCAUCUGGGAAGAAUGGCAUGCGACGAGACUGGCUUGUUCGUGAUUGUAAAACUGGUGAAACUCUUACUAGGGCCUCAAGUGUAUGGGUGAUGAUGAAUAAGCUGACAAGAAAAUUAUCGAAGAUUCCUGGAGAAGUUAGAGAGGAAAUAGAGCCUUAUUUUGCUAAUUCACCCCCAAUUGUGGAAGAAGAUAGCAGAAAACUUCCAAAACUUGAUGAUGAUAGUGCUGAUUACAUUCGUAAAGGCUUGACGCCUAGAUGGAGUGAUUUAGAUAUCAACCAGCAUGUUAACAACGUGAAGUACAUUGGCUGGAUUCUGGAGAGUGCCCCGCUGCCAAUUCUGGAAAGUCAUGAACUCUCUACCAUGACUUUGGAAUACAGGAGAGAAUGUGGAAGGGACAGCGUGCUGCAAUCCCUUACUGCUGUAUCUGAUGCUGGUAUCACCAAUUUAGCGGAUGCUGGUGACAUUGAGUGUCAGCACCUACUUCGACUUGAAAGUGGAGCAGAGAUUGUUAGAGGAAGGACCGGGUGGAGGCCCAAGCAUGCUACAAACUUCGGGAUGGUGGGUCAGAUUCCCGCCGGAAAUACAUAAAUUCAAGAAGCUACCUCGUAGCUGGAAGCCCCCACUGGGUUCCCCUUGUGCAUUCAUUGCUUGUGUAGUUAGAGGCUUCUGUUUUUCUCGGAUUUAAAAAAAGCCCCUUAUAUAUACAUAUAUAUAUUUAUUUGUUUCCAGUCCUUCCCUAAACUAUCUGUUUUCCUUGGGAAGAAAAAAGAAAGAAGAAUUAUGCAGCCCCAUUGUAAUUAGUCAUUCUUUUAUUGCCCCAACGUUAAAGGUAAUAUAGAUAACACCUCCCUAAUGUUUUUGGCUCUUAGGUUGCAUUGCAUAUAUGUGAGCCUUCAUUUACUUAGACUUGAAA